AUGGCCCCUGUUACCAACCGUCAAUGGGGCUCUGAUAGACUUAGCUCUCAUGGGUUCAAGUCCCAACCCUUUAUUGUGACCACCUCAUUCGACAGGAUCAGCAAGGACACUCGCAAGCUGAUUCGGAGCCAUGUAAUGCGUGGCAAGAACACGUCCAAGGAUGCUGGAGCAAAACUGGUUUACGGGUCAUGGGUCAAUGGCCCGGACUCACUAAUGCCACCGGGGACCCUGACAUCAGAAGAGGCGCCGUCAUGGAUUCCCCCGCCCCGUACACUCUGCCGAGACCUGGAGACGUUCACUUUUGCCGACCAACUUCAACCGUACACAUUGGAGCUGGUUUUUAAGUUCUUCACCAUCCUCAAGCAAUCAGUGUACCCCAUUGAAUUCUGUCUAGAGUUUGAUCCGGCAGCGUCCAUCUGGUAUAAAUACCUUCUGGUUGAUGCAGCCUUUCAUCACUCCCUGCUCUGGACAACUCAGUCGUAUUUUGAUUGGAUACAGGGCGAUAACCUGUCAGCGAAAGCCUUAUUCCAUGAAGCCAAGACCCUCCAGCUCCUGCAAUGCAGGAUAAACGAUCCUGAAUUCGCACUCCGUGACACUACCAUCGCGGUGGUUGUUACUUUAGUGAUGGUUAGCGCGCUCGUCGGCCACGUGAGCGUUGUAAAGAAGCAUAUGAAGGGGCUGAAUCAAAUCAUCACUCUGCGGGGCGGAAUGAGAGAACUGGCAAAGAAUGCCCAACUUCAGAUCAAGGUGUGCCGUGCUGACCUUUGUACAUCGCUUCUAAGCGGAAACCAACCUUUCUUCUUCUCUGGAGGCAUGUCCUGGCAGCCUUAUUUAGCCCGGCCUGCAGAUAUCAAUGAUUUCCUGGCUACAAACUUCGCCGGCUGCAAAAUUGAUAAAAGGCUUGCAGGCGUUGCUGCCGAUCUUCGAAGAUUCUCCACAUCAACGAACGUGGCCUUUGCCACGGGCCGCAAGAUUGCCGGGGAGGUUUAUCAAGAGAUCUUGAUCUCGACUCAAUAUCGACUAGUCACCUUGAAGUUCGAUCAAGAUGAUAUAAAUGAACUUGUCCGCCUGGGACUGUUGGCGUUUUCCUCCAGCGUGUUCCUUCAAGGAGGAGGCCUCAGAGGCCGAUUUGUUUCUCUUUCCACGCAGUUCAAACGAAUUCUCUGCAAAGUGAAUUGGACGAACCCAGGUCCCAGGAGAAUUGGUCUCUGGCUCCUAUUCUCGGGGCUGGUCGCCGCCGUGACUCAAGAAGACGACGAUGUACUCAUGCCACUCUUGCGGGAGCGGCUUCGCGAGUCGGGCCAAUCGUCAUGGACCGGAGUCCGAAGCAUCCUGAAGAGUCUUAUGUGGAUUGAUGCGCUCCAAGACAAGAGUGGCCGACAAGUGUACGACCGAGCUGUCUUGGCAAUCGAACAAAUCUCAUAG